AUGAUCCAAUCUUACGAAGAUCUUUCCCUCCACCUGCAGAUUCCAUUACAAUCAAUCAACACAAAAAUCUCAUCAAUGCCAAACACCACUCUACGUCUAUUAAAUGACAAAUCAAAAAGGAAAAGGCCUUUUAAAGAGAUGAAAAAGAGAGACCAGUUCAGUUCGGUUGAUGGGGAAAGUCUUAUCGAACAAGACAUCAGAAGACUGAAGGGGCUCAAGGGUAUCAGUCUUUGUGGCAAAAACCUCAAACUUUGGAGUGUGGAACUUGUGGGGUUUGCAAGAGGCAAAGCUAUUGCUACAGUUGUUGUUGUUGUUGGAAUUGAAGAAAGUGAGGGUGGAGGAGUAACUCAGAGAGAAUGGCUUUGGCUUGGAACUGUGAACGAAAGGUUCCCUUUCUCUGUUGAGAUAGUGAUUGAAGCUGAAGAGAGGCUCAAAGGAAAGGGUGGUGGAGAUGCUCAUGGUAGGGUGGUUCCUUUUGCAAGGAAAUGGGAAUGA